AGCUGUGCACAGGCCACGGCUAGAAAGCGGAAGCCGUGCGCAGCACGUGGGGGCGCCGCUUGUCGGAGGUUUCGGCGUCCUCUCUGCUAGUGGGACGAGAGGCUGGCCUCGGCGAUAGCUGAGGAGGGGCGGGGAUCGGGGCCCCGGAGGGACGCUGCAAAGCAGGGAGACCAGCUGAGCGUCAUGGAGGGCUCAGGGGAGCAGCCAGGCCCACAGCCACCGCGCCCCGGGGACCACUGCAUCCGCGACGGCGACUUCGUGGUGUUGAAACGGGAAGAUGUGUUCAAAGCCGUGCAAGUCCAAAGGAGAAAAAAAGUAACUUUUGAAAAACAGUGGUUCUAUCUGGAUAACGUCAUUGGCCAUAGUUAUGGAACCACAUUUGAAGUGACCAGUGGAGGAAGUCUUCAGCCCAAGAAGAGGAAGGAGGAGCCUACUUCAGAGACCAAGGAAGCAGGCACUGAUAAUCGAAAUAUAAUUGAUGACGGGAAAUCUCAGAAACUUACUCAAGAUGACAUAAAAGCUUUAAAGGACAAGGGCAUUAAAGGAGAGGAAAUAGUUCAGCAGUUAAUUGAAAAUAGUACAACGUUCCGAGACAAGACAGAAUUUGCUCAAGAUAAAUACAUAAAAAAGAAGAAAAAGAAAUAUGAAGCCAUCAUUACUGUUGUGAAGCCAUCCACCCGCAUUCUUUCAAUUAUGUAUUAUGCCAGAGAACCUGGAAAAAUUAACCACAUGAGAUAUGAUACACUAGCCCAGAUGUUGACAUUGGGAAAUAUCCGUGCUGGCAAUAAAAUGAUUGUAAUGGAAACAUGUACAGGCUUGGUGCUGGGUGCAAUGAUGGAACGAAUGGGAGGUUUUGGCUCCAUUAUUCAGCUGUACCCUGGAGCUGGACCUGUUCGGGCAGCAACAGCAUGUUUUGGAUUUCCUAAAUCUUUCCUCAGUGGUCUUUAUGAAUUCCCCCUCAACAAAGUGGACAGUCUCCUAAAUGGCACGUUUUGUGCUGAGAUGUUAUCUUCAGAGCCAAAAGACAGUGCAUCAGCUGAAGACUGUAAUGGCGCACUGGAGGAGAAACCGACUUCGGAACAAGAGAACGAAGACAGCAUGGCAGAGGCGCCAGAGAGCAAUCACCCAGAGGAACAAGAAACAAUGGAAAUUGUCUCGCAAGACCUGGAAUAUAAGGAGCCUAAAGAGAGAGAAAGCAAAAAGGAUUAUAUUCAGGAAAAGCAGAGGAGACAAGAAGAACAGAGGAAAAGACAUUUAGAGGCUGCUGCUCUGCUGAGUGAAAGAAAUGCAGAUGGUUUAAUUGUAGCUAGUCGUUUCCAUCCUACUCCAUUGCUACUGUCUUUGCUGGACUUCGUGGCCCCUUCAAGGCCAUUUGUGGUCUACUGUCAGUAUAAAGAGCCUCUGUUGGAAUGCUACACAAAACUUCGGGAAAGAGGAGGGGUCAUCAACCUCAGGCUGUCUGAAACCUGGCUGAGAAAUUACCAGGUUUUGCCAGAUCGAAGUCAUCCCAAACUACUGAUGAGUGGAGGUGGGGGAUAUCUUCUCUCAGGCUUCACUGUUGCCACUGACAACUUUAAAGCAGACUCCAGUCUUAAAUCCAACAUGAGCACUUUAGAAGUACACAAGACUGAAGAGCCAGCAGCUAAAAAACGGAAAUGCCCAGGGUCUGACUCUUAACCUUUCGAAAAUUGCUUUAAGUUUUGUUCUCAGGCAUUUUACAGUUAGUAAUUAAACUUGAAAUUCCAUUACUAAUUGUUUUUUCAUAUCCUAAGAAUAAGAACGUGUCUAUACAUCUGGUCCUGGAAAGGAUGAGUAAGCCUUUUGUCCACUACUGACACAGAUGGCCUGUCAAAACCUUGAACCAAAAUACCCAAGCCUGGGUUAUGCAGUGGACUGGUAUAUGGCUAAUUCUGUUUAUUUCACAAAAAUCCUGUAAGUACUUUUGGUACUCUGUGCAAAUAUCUUGAGAAUUUAAGAAUAUAUUUAUACAGAACUUGGUUUAUAUGUUAAGCUAAGCAAAAUAACAGCAUAGCUAAACCUUGGGUACUGAAAGGAAGGAAUCUGGGGAAGAAAUUUCUGCUGUUCAUUCUGCUCUCUUCAGCCUAAGCAGUAUGGAUGUGUGAGUGUAUGAGAUUUACAGUACCAAAAAUGUCUACCCUGUUCCCUCAGACAGUGGAAUAAACUUUUCAAAAAUGCUAGAUUUUAUUAUUUUAAUAGUUGAUGACCUAGGAAAGUUAAUGACUAUUUAUUUUACUGCCUUUUUUGCUGAUAGAAAGGUGUAGUAGAGUACUUUUUUGCAUUAAUUUGCCAAUUCUUUCAUUCUUUGUUCCAAAUAAAGUGACUGGAGUUUUUGUGUACUAUUCAAUUAAAGGAAAGAGGAAGGGUUUUUUCCUUACCCAGAGACUUUUGGGUGGGCACACACAUUUAUGUAUGUAUAUGUAAAUGUAUAUGGGUGUUGGUACAUACUUAUAUGUAUACACACACAUACACAUGGGACAGAAUGCACUGUGUAUCUGAACUAUGACAAAGUUUAGUGCAGGGCUUAGACCAGUUCUCAUUGCAUUAGUGUCACUCCUUGUCAAAUGUAUUUUAAAGUGCCUUUUUUGGUGAUGAUUAAUGCUGGUUUGUUGAGCUCUGGCAUGAUUAGGUGGUUAACUUUUCUAAGCUCUGGAAAAAUAUGAUCAAAUUAUUGGGACAUCUGCUGCAGCCAAGAAAAGUGUUUAGAGUAAGCCAAGGCUCUUACUCAUUUGAGAGUAUGAGUCUUGCUCACAAAACAUGCUCACCAUGUGUAUUGUUCACAUUAUUAUAGAAUAGAUGCACAUCAUCCAGUGAGGAGCAUCUAAGAAAAAUAAAACUUUUUUACUUGAUAGCAUGUACUAUUCUGAUAAUGGCCAGUGUGAUUACCAACAAGUACAGUUUGAUUCCUUUUUCUUAAAACAAUUGCUUUUAAAGAAUAAAAGUGUUUCCUACUACAAU